UAUUUCGGAUCGAACCCGACUUUGUCCUUGUUUAUAAAGAUUAUACCAUUGUAAUGAUGAUUCGUCUGGCAGCAUUUAAACGCUUAAACGAGAGGAGGAGUUUAAGAUUAAGAGAAAAGGGAAAAACAAAAGCUAAAGGUCCCUUCCACCCGGUUAGCUAAUACUUUUUGCUUCAUUCUUACCACUUCAUUUUAAUAAUAUAAUUAUUUAGAAAAAUAUUAAUUAAACUUGUAUUUAUUCUAAAAUCAAAAAAUGGUUGAUCUUUCAGUCAAUUGUUGUAUUGACUUACAAAAUGGACGUUGUUCUUCUUUAUCCCCCUUGGAACGGUCAACAGAAUUUAAGUGUAAAUGUCCAUUUCCAGCAUUUUAUCAAGAAAAAGAGGAAAAAGAGAAAAGUAAAAGAGAGGAGGAAGAAGAUUUGGAAGAUGAAGAUGAAUUUUACGACUGUGAAGAUGAUGAUGAUGAAGAAUACGAUGAUGAGGAGGAUGAGGAAGAUGAACAAAAUGAGGAAAAUGCUGGGAAUGAUAGGAAAAAUAAAAAGAGAAAUGUUUCGGCCCACUGGACAGCCCAUUUAUCUGCUAGUAGAUCACCAGCUCCUGAACGUGUACAGGAUGGUGCCCAAGCAGAAUUGAACGCAGAAUUUGUUGAAAUAAGCGAGGUUAUUGCUUUACGUUAUAGUAGAUUAUCUUUGGCACACAAUCCAAGUUUAUUAAUUGGCCCCUCUUCACCAACAAUAGCAAAUGGUACUUUUCAACAGAACGGUGGGGUGAGGGGAAUUGAAGUUCCUAAUGUAGCUGUACAACAAGAUGAAUCACAAAUAAUGAUGAAACGUUAUUUAAUCCCUAUAUGCACAAUUGGAGAAGGGGCUUUUGGACGUGUUCAGUUAUGCCAACAUAGAGAGACUGGGAGAUAUUAUGCUUUGAAAUCUAUGUACAUUCCAAAAAUCGUAGAGAGGAGGCAAGUACAACACGUUCACCAAGAGAAAAGAAUACUUCAAGCACUUGAUCACCCUUUCAUCGUUAAAUUAUGGGACACAGCAAAAGACGCAGCCAAUUUAUUUAUGGUAAUGGAAUUUCUGCCUGGAGGAGAGCUUUUCUCGUAUUUUCGAGCCGCUAGAAAAUUUCCUUCACAAACAGUUAAAUUCUAUGCUGCCGAGAUUAUUCUUGCCCUUGAAUAUUUACAUUCCAUUUAUAUUGCCUAUAGAGAUCUUAAACCAGAGAAUUUAAUGGUCAGUCUUCACGGACAUAUCAAAUUGACCGACUUUGGUUUUGCCAAAAUUAUUCACAAUAAAAGUUAUACUCUCUGUGGCACACCUAGCUAUCUGGCACCCGAAGUUUUUCAAAGAAAAGGGCAUAAUCAAAGUGUUGAUUGGUGGGCUUUGGGCGUUCUAAUUUUUGAAUUGAUGGCUGGUGAUCAGCCUUUUCGUGGCAAGACACCUGAAGAAAUUGAGGAGUCGAUUGUUAAUAGUAAAGAGAAUGGUCUGCAUUUUCCAAGACGUACUUUUAGUCCAAAUGCGAAAGAUGUUAUUCGCCGUCUACUUUGCAUUGAACCCAAAGACAGAAUAGGUUAUUCUCAAUUAAAGUCUCAUCAAUGGUUUUGUAAUUAUGAUUGGCAGGAACUUUAUAAUCGGAAUUAUAAACCACCCUUUUUACCAACAAUUUACCACGACGGCGAUACCGGUAAUUUUGAUAGUUAUCAAGAAAUUGAACAAUUCCCCCCUGCAAAACAGUCAGAAUUGGAUUUGUUUGAUGAAUGGUGA